UUCUUCAUCUCAGCUGAAACGCAAGGGCCAGCACAAUUCUUGUGCUGUUGGAAGGCUGAGUGGAACUGAAGUGGUGCUGAAGAUGGGUCCAGUAGGUGCAGAGGCAUAUGAGAACCAGACUGUAGAAGCGAAGGUGGAGCCCUAUGGGCCAGGGGACACCACUCCUAAAGGCGGACUGCCCCCUGAUCCGGAGCCGGAGCUCAUAGACAGCACCAAGCUGGUUGAGGUGCAGGUGGUCCUUAUAUUGGCCUAUUGCUCCAUCAUCUUGCUGGGGGUAGUCGGCAACUCCUUGGUAAUCCACGUGAUAAUCAAAUUCAAGAGCAUGCGCACAGUAACCAACUUUUUCAUUGCCAACCUAGCUGUGGCUGACCUUCUGGUGAAUACCCUGUGUCUACCAUUCACUCUUACUUACACCUUAAUGGGAGAGUGGAAAAUGGGUCCAGUCCUGUGCCAUUUGGUGCCCUAUGCUCAGGGUCUGGCAGUACAAGUGUCCACAAUAACGUUGACCGUCAUUGCUCUGGACCGCCAUCGCUGUAUUGUCUACCACCUGGAGAGCAAGAUCUCCAAGCAAAUCAGCUUUUUGAUUAUUGGUCUGGCCUGGGGCAUCAGUGCCCUGCUGGCAAGUCCCCUGGCUAUCUUCCGAGAGUACUCACUGAUUGAGAUCAUCCCUGACUUCGAGAUUGUGGCCUGUACUGAGAAGUGGCCUGGUGAAGAAAAGAGUAUAUACGGCACAGUCUACAGCCUCUCCACCUUACUAAUCUUGUAUGUUUUACCUCUGGGCAUCAUAUCUUUCUCCUAUGCCCGUAUCUGGAGUAAGCUGAAGAACCAUGUCAGCCCAGGAGCUGCAAGUGAUCAUUACCAUCAGCGAAGGCACAAAACAACCAAAAUGUUGGUGUGUGUGGUAGUGGUAUUUGCAGUCAGCUGGCUGCCCCUCCAUGCCUUCCAACUUGCUGUGGAUAUUGACAGCCAUGUCCUGGACUUGAAGGAAUAUAAACUCAUCUUCACAGUGUUCCACAUUAUCGCCAUGUGCUCCACCUUUGCCAACCCCCUUCUCUAUGGCUGGAUGAACAGCAACUACAGAAAGGCUUUCCUCUCCGCUUUCCAGUGUGAGCAGAGGUUGGAUGCCAUUCACUCAGAGGUGUCUAUGACCUUCAAAGCUAAGAAGAACCUGGAAGUCAAAAAGAACAAUGGCCCCACUGACUCUUUUUCGGAGGCUACCAAUGUCUAAGAAAAUAGGGGUGAAAGAACAUGGAUUGUGACCAGAGCUGCCAAUCUGGUUAUGAAAGGUGUUCUGACCAGUGCAUGCUGACUUCCCAUUGUGUUGACAAAAAGCAUGGGCAGUCUCAUUCCUGGAAAACUGGCUGGUAGAGCUGAGGUGAAAAUGAGCAAAUUACUAUGCUACAAUGGUUUGAUUACUGAUGCUUAGAUGGUAGGUUGAAUUAUGAGUAAAAGAGGGAAAUACUUUUG